ACAUAUAUUUAUUCAUAUUCAUUCUGUUGCUGUAUUAAAGACACUUUUUACUAUUUACAAGCAGCUUCACAAAAUAUUUUCUCGAAAAGUACAAUGUAAUCAGUUUAUUAUGGUCAUGUGUAAACAAAACGAACACUGUCAUUCAAGUCAUUUUUCCUUCCAAGCUGAUAAAGCUCUCGAAAUUCUCCAUUUGAGACAUUUGUGUCUUAGUCCGCAGUGCUCUCAUGCCGCAUAGUGACAUUUUUUCUCAUCUGAGAACAUAUCCAAGGGCUCAGUGCCAGUCACAUGUGUCUGAAUGGCCACCUACGCUCUGGCCCCCCUGCACCUCUUACUGUGAUGCUCCACGCAGGUUAUUAUUUCAUUCUCAAUAGAGCAACCUUGAGCCUAAAGUGCUCUUUUUCUUUUUCACACAACAGUUCAAAAAUAUAUUUUUCAAGUGCAUUUAUUAGUGAUAGCUCCACCCCAAACUGUUGCAUUCCCUAUGACAUCACUUCCUAAAAGAAGUAAUUUAAGGAAAUUAUAUCACAUGACCUCACUGGAAAGCCACUUAUUGAUCAGUUAGCAAUAACAAUGGAGCGACCAAUCAGAGUUGAGUGUUUGUACCAGGAAGACGCCCUGAGGUGACCAUUAACGCCAACAUCAGUGACAUCAGGCCAACUCGCAAUGACAUUUCUGCCAAUAACUCUCGUAUCAGACCAAGUUCACUUCAUACUCAUGCAUCCACAACAUAUUUGCACAAGCUCAGAGUGCUUACAGGUUUCACUGAGAAGAUUUUCUUGGCAAGGUGGAGAUGAUCUCCUUCUGGCUCCUGUUUCUAAAGCUCACGGGAGCUACAACUGAACCUGAAGACGGGGAUAGACUGGAAGAGAUUGCAGGUUUUUCUCAUCCUGAGAAUCCAGAGCAUACAGAGCAGAAGUCCCUGUCUGAGCCUGUAACCAUGGAGACAAGUGAAAACUCCAGCACAGCUAACAUAAUUGAUUGUGAAAUGGAAGUCCUGGAGACUCAGAUACCUGAGAGCAAGGACACAGGAAACAAAGAUGAACAAGUCUGUUAUGAUGCUGACAUUUUAGAGUCCAUUAGUACAAAAGUUGUGGCUGACAUUUUAGCAGGGCUACCUCCUACGGAGACCAAGGCUGAUGAUCUGGAAGAUGUUUACAGUGCGAAAGAGGCGCUUGUCUUGGAGGAUACCCAAGAGGAACUUUAUCGCAACGAGUCAAUUACCUCUUCAAUAUCUGACACUCCGUCAAGUGCUGAGAGCGUGUAUGAGAUUGAUGUCACGCAUAAGAGACAAGAUUCACUAAGACAGGAACCAAUGGAGAACAUAGCACCCCAACCAGAUGAUGUUGACGAUGGAGAAAUGUUAGACCAAUUGGGUAUUGACUCACAGGAAGCCAUUGUAGAAAGUUUUGGAUGCGAAGAUCCAGAAGAAACCAUCCUUGAGCACUACAUCCGAGAGGAAGUUCUGUCAGACGUCUCCACAGAGUCUUGCCAUGACCCAGAUGAGCUAGAAGAGUGUCUUCAGGUCGAAAUAGCUGCGGCGUCAUCAGACAGCGAAACCGAUGAGAAAUGGAGGAACAUCUUCUCUUCCUCCAUAAAUAGGGAAGAUGAUGAUUCCUACAUUGACAGUCUUGAGCUAAGUGCACAAGAACUCUUUAUUCAAAAACCUACAGUUGGGAAUACUGAGGACAUUUCAAAGGAAACUGAAGAGCUGGAGAUUCCGGUGGAAGAAGAAGUUCUAGAACAACCCGAAAAUGAGCCAGUUCAGCAACCCCAAGAUAUAUCUUACAAUGCUUCUACCCUGUGCCAUGUCUUGUCCAAGAUUUCCGAAGAUGACGAGGAGCUCACAAGAGCAACCCACAAGAGCAAUUCAUUUGAUUCCGUCAAAUCCGAUUCCAGCAAAAAGGUGCCGAAAGAUUAUUGUGUGAUUCAGGAAAUGAAAAGCGAGAACGUCAGCACAGAACACGUGGAUUUCAAAGUUGCUCGCCAGCAGUGGCUAGAGAUCGAAGAGCAAACGAAAAACUUGACACACCACCCAAGCACACCAACAACCCGAUCCGGCACCUGCCAAGGUAGUCACAGUUUCAUGUAUACACCUGUCCGCAACAUCGAAAGGCCAAAGAGGGAUCUUGAUAACCUGUCUCUUGUAGAGGAUUACGCACACACCCAGUUCAGCCCUUGCUCUGAGGAUUCAGGCCUGGACGACUCUAGUUACAGAUCACCAUUUGAUGAUCCAGAGACUCCAAUUGAGAAAGAGAUUCGCUUAACCUUGGAGCGUGAGGAGAACCUAAAGCGUCAGAGGGGAAUGUCAAAAUCAUACUCCAGUGACUGUGUGCAGAUAAGGGCGAGAUCAGUCAACUUGAACCCUGGGAAACUAUGCCAAGAAAUCGAUGAGAAAAGGAAGCUGUUAGAAGACCAGGAUGAUGAUGGUGAUGGAGUUAUAUCCAAAUAUCUCAACAACCAGACACCUUCUUUCAUCAUUACCUCCUCACCAACCAAGAGCGCACAAAAACAAGACAUGGCUGCCAAUAACGUUAUCAUCCUCGAGCCUGAGCCUUUCCCUCCAAGUCCAAGGCAUGGAAAAAUGGUGUCCUCUAAAUCUGCUGACUGGAGAUCUGAAGAUACCCCUAAUGUCAUCAUUUUGGAAACAUCGAACCUCAUCGUUCGAAGUGCAUCUGAGUUCAACUUAAAUUCUGCCUCUGAGGAAACCCAAGAGAAGAUGUUCCUUAACAACCCAUUUUGUAAGCUGCGGUCCAGGAGUACGAUAUCUCUAGUUGAUGAGGAGAUUAAGAUGGUGAAGCAGCGAGAAGAGGAACUCAAGCGUCAAAGAGCUAGUGUUUACUCGAAGGAUCACUUCCUGAUGUCUCCCAACCGUUUGGACUGCUCAUCGUUUACAGAUGAUGUGCCAAUUAAAUGUAAAUCAUCCCCAUCAUCUCCAAUGAAAACAUGCAGAAUGGAUCGUUCAGCUUUGUCAUGUGAUCAUCGAUUUCCUGAACCCUAUACUGGAGGCCGACGAAAAAGUGCCAUGGCUCUGCGCUGGGAGGCAGGGGAGUUUGUGAACAAUGAGUAGAAAUGUACACUGACGUCAAUUUGCAGCUGUUUUACAUAAGAGAAUUUUCAAAGCUCAAACUCGUCUGUUUAUUGUGAUAGCAUAUACACCUGCUACUGCUGCUUGUGUGACUUUCGUAAAGAUCCAGAAAAAAAUCUGCAUACGCCGAGAUGCCUAAAUGUUAUUUGAAUGUACGGUUUCAUGCAUAUUUGUGAUUCCUCUUUAAUGAGGUAUAUGGAGAGACUUAUAGACCAUAUUUUUAGUGUUUUGUCUACGAAGCUAAGGAGAAUAUGUAUUGUAUAUUCAUAUUGUAUUUUCUUGUAGCGCCAUGUUUGUAUAUCCCUAAAUUAUAUGAAAAUAUGAAGCAGUAUUACAGGGUUUUAGGAUAAAAAUUAAGUGAAAAUGCAUACAAAAUGGAUGUAUUUUGUUAAAGAUCACUGAAAACACAUCAAUUUGGUAUCUUUUAUCAAAAGAACAUUUUUUUUUUAUAAUCAAUCUGACUGCUCUAAUAAGUCAGUAUUAAAACCGUUAAUCUAUUUAGUAAUUAUACUAGUAGUAAUCUAAGAAAAUGACCUCUUGUUUUGUUGUCUACAGAUAAUGUGCAUAUUUAUGUCAAACCGCCGUGCUUAUAAAACAGUAUUGCUUGCUAACCUUUGAAUCCAUGUCAGUCUCAAGAAAAUGAGCUUUGCAUACCAUUUGAACAUUCCUGUGUUCAAAAUACGAAUUCAAAAAUAAACGUCAAUUAAAGUCAA